AUGUUUAGAAAGCUUUCUUCCGUCUUCAACAUCAAGGACCUCUUAGAUACUACUAAGAUCAACGAAGGGGAUCUUAAAAAUAUCACUAGAGAAGGAUUACAGGUCGUUAAAAGUGAAUGGGAGAACAUUUAUUCCAAAUCUGUCGGGAUAUUAACUCCCGGACUCAGCCCAAGAUUAACGACCGCCGCUGCGUCUAGCAGAAUACCUCGACUAGAUCUAUCUGCUACAACUGAAUUGGCAACAAGGUACGAGCAUGAAUGGAACUCUAUUCAGACCGAAGAUGAAAGAAACUUUCGUAAUGCAAAAAUGGCAGAUGAAUUGAUCCAGAAAAUAGUCGAAACUUGCAAGGAGCAUUAUGAAUCGUGUGAGUUGAUUAAAUCAGAAGCUGGCCAUUUACCAAAAGUGAAAGAAAUGAUUGAAGAAGCUACCAUCUCAGCAAUCUCACUGAAGGGAAAGCUAACAGAACUAGAGAAAAUGAUUGAUGAAUUCGCUAAAAGCAAUGAAGUAUGGUCUUUCGAGAAAUGGAAACAGACUCAGAUUAUUGUGUUUGACCAAUACAAAGACGAAAAAAACAAAGAAUUGGAGGAAAAAAAAAAACUCUAUGAUCAACAUUAUGAAGAAUUCAUGUUUAACAACAAAGCUCAAAAGGUACAACUCUAUCAAGCCAAUUUUGAAAUGCAAAUGGAGAAUUAUCGUAAACGGGCAAUGGAUCCGUCAUUAAACAAUGAUGAGCGUACAAUUAACUCGUCAGAUGAUGACAUUAUUUCUAAGUUGGAACAAGUCGAGAUUGAAACGGCUGGUGAUCGAGAAGCAUUAGAAGAUUUCCUUGGAUCUUCAAGAUUCUUCGAGAGAAGGCUCGUUCUGAGUCGAUUUCAAAUUUCGGCGGUUAUAUUACACGGAUUGUCCAAGGAUUGUUCCUUGGUAAGUAGUAUAUAUCGCACGAUUCACACUUCAGACGUAAAUUCCUUUCUCACUGUUCAAUGCUAUGACCUUAUAAAUUUGGAAAAGAACGUUGAUCCAUUCAAUGACUUGUACAACAUUAUGACUCGUAAUCAUAUGACUCGCAAAAAAGCAAUGGAACUAUUAAGACCCUCUGCAAAUUCAAAAGAAACAGUAACGGAGGCUGAUGAUUCUGAGGAGGAGGCAGAAUUUAUUCCUUCAUUUACACAGCCUUCGCUUUCAACGCUGGACGUGAGCGAGAUUUCAGACAUAUCGGAAGACAAGUGGUUGAUACGAAAUAAACAAAAGUCUCCAACUCUCGAAGAAAAUUUGCACGGCGAUCCCCAGAUUUCUGGAGGUGAAAGAACGGUCAAAAUAGAAAAGGCAAGAAAAAUAUUAAAAAUGUGUGCUAUGGCUUGUGCCUGCACCUUUGGCAUUGGAAGUCAUUUCGCGUCGCAUAUUAUUGGACCGAUGAAAGGAAUAUUGAUGAAGCAACUUGAUCUUACGAACACUCAAUUCUCACUAUUAAUCGCAUCGCUCACUUUAUGUAACACCGUGAUACCCACAGUAUCUGGUUUGCUGGUAACUCGCUUUGGAACCACCAAAAGCUCUCUUAUUAUAACUACCGGAAUUCUAAUAGGAAUGAUAAUAGUAACAGCUGCCAGUUGGAAAGGGAAUAUAGGAUUGAUGAUUGCUGGAUUCAUAGUGUUCGGUAUUGGGCUGGCACCGUUAACAAUUGUUCAAGAAACUAUAAUUGUUCAGUUCUUCUAUGGAAGUAGUUUAGGAUUUGCAUUGGCUGUUGGAUUAACAUUUGGAAGAUUAGCAUCCUUUAUGGCAACGAUAUUGGCUGUCCCGUUAUCUAUGAUGCCACCACUAACUUAUCGUACUCCCUUCAUAGUAGCUACUUUCACAUGUUUCGUGUCUUGGGUAAUGAAUCUCGUAUACAUUUACCUUUUAAGAAAGGUAGAUGAUAAGCAAACUGGAUCUCAAUUGCGCAUAGCCGAAAAGAAAACGGUUAAUUGGAGGGAUAUAUUUGAUCUUUCAGAUAUUUUUUGGUGGUCAUUAGUUGUGGGAGUUUUAUUUGGAUCAGCCAUGACUCCAUUCCUUCAUUUAUCAAGUAAUAUAAUAAUGCACCGAUACAAUAUGACAGAUCUGAUGGCUUCAUGGGAUGCAUCGAUAAUACUAUUACUCCCAGUAAUAGUAUACCCGUUUCUAGGACUAUUCAUGGACAAAUAUGGCUGUAGAUUGUCAAUUUUGAUAUUUGGUUCUGCUGCAUUCUUAAUCACCUUUUUAUUAUUGCUCGCACCUCCGAGCAUAAUUCACCCAUUCCCACCAAUCCUAAUAUUUGCGUCUGCAUUCGCAGUUGUUCCGCUUACUAGCGUCACUCUCAUCCCUUUGCUUACAAAACACGUGUCCACCGGCCUUGGACUUCUUAAAAGUGUAGAUAAUAUUGGCGCUACGUUGAGCCAAACAAUCGCUGGAUUAUUACUCGAUGCGCAUGUUAACCGAACUCAUGUAGCUGGUUCCGAAAUUAAUCACGAAGAUGAUGAUCUAGUGGUCCUGAGGAUGUUUGCUUUUAUAAGCGGACUGGGAUUUAUUAGUUGCCUGAUAUUCUGGUGGGCCGACAAGAAAUAUAAAGGUGGUGUUCUCAAUGGAAAGGGUAAUGGAGAUCACGAAAAUAUUAAAAUAUAUGGACAUCUACGUGGGGAAGAAGAAGAAAUACCUAUUGAAGGACAAUUGAUACAAAUGCACAUAGAGGAUGAGCCAAAUCUUUCUGAAUCUGCUGCAGCAGAAAUGAGAAAGAGAGUUACGAUUUAUAUAAUGAUUAUGGGUGUGUUAUUGAUUGUCUGUUGGACUGUAUUUGCGAUCGUAGCUAUAAAGAAAGGUGGAGUACACGCUGGUAUUAACCCCAAAAUUGAUAAUUCUAUUACGAGUUAA